GGUAAGUAUCUGCAUACAAAAUUUAAUUUCAAUUCUUUCUGGUUUGUGAAUGUGAAUAACGCGAAUUUGGCUACAUUCAAAAUAGUCGAAGUAAUUCAUAUGUGUCAAUUCGCAUGCUGUCAUAACCUCAAAAAAACACAUGGAGAUUUUUGUUUUGACAAUAGCAGUUUCUGUGUGUCAACACAUUGUUAGUGGUUCAAACACAGUCCCGUUGAGCGCAUUUAAAAUGGAUUGGAAAAAAUAUAUUUUGUGGUUUGCUCAGACGCACAUUAGCUUUCGAUAUCCAGAAUUGCAGUCGCUAUUGACAUUGUUCAAAAUUCCACAUAGGCUACCGCCAAAUAUUCUUGAAGAGAUAAACAAGCCAUUUUUAGUCAUUGAAUUGCCUGGGAAUGAGUCUGCUCUGCAACUGGUAUCACGUUCGAUUUCAAUCCGGUGUGUGGCUGAGCAUUGGGCUAGCGCUUCAACCUACCAUUCAUUCCACCAACAGCUGAAAGAGUAUAUUGCUAUCAAUAAGGAAAAUCCAGAUUUUAAAAAAUCGUGUUCAGCCUCCUUUCGAAUCACAGUCGAGUCAUUUAACAAGCGCAUUGAACCAAAAACGAAAGUUGACAAAAUUGAAACCAUUGCGUAUUUGCCAUUUGAAGGUGAUGUGAAGCUUAAAGAUCCAGAAUGUGAAUAUUUUUACAUCGAAUAUAAUGGAUCGGAUAAUAUGAAUCUACCUCCAGAACCAGAACAGAUUUUCUUCGGGAAAUGGUUGGCAGAUGGAUCACGGGGAAUUGUCCAUGACUUAUCACUGAAAACGAGAAAAUUUAUCGGUAACACCUCAAUGGAACCCACACUCAGCUUGCUGAUGGCCAAUCAGGCAAUAGUUAAACCCGGCGAUUUAGUAUUUGACCCUUUUGUUGGCACUGGAUCGCUUUUGGUGGCUGCAGCCAAAUUUGGGGGAUAUGUUAUGGGCACCGAUAUUGACUAUUUGAUGCUCCAUGCAAAAACAAAGCCUUCAAGAGUUACACAAAAGGUGCGUGACGAAGAUGAAUCAAUUUUAUCCAAUUUGAAGCAGUAUGACUGUGCGCAUCGUUAUGUGGAUGUUCUCGUCUCGGACUUUUCCAGCUCAAUAUGGCACAACAGUAUCCAGUUCGAUAGCAUUAUCACUGAUCCGCCUUAUGGAAUACGCGAAGCUAGAGAAAAAAUCCAAACAAAGGAAAGACGUCCCUUGAACCCGGAAGCAGGUGAUGUAGUCCACUAUCCAUCAACAUCGCAUUAUCAAUUGUCCACUUUGUAUGCAGAUCUUCUGCGCUUCGCCAUUAAGCAUCUGCGAAUCGGUGGACGUUUAGUUUGCUGGAUACCAAUUUACAAGAGCGAUUAUUCAGACAGUUGCAUACCAAAAUCGAAAUAUCUAAAAUUGAUUGCAAAUUCAGAGCAAGUUCUUAGUUCCAUAGCCGCAAGACGAUUGUUGACUUAUGAAAAAAUCCAGGAACCCAAUACAGAUGAUUUGGAAAUCAUAGACAAUAUCAGAGAUGACUUCCGGCCUAGGUUUUUCGCAGAAGACGACACAGAAAGACUGAAAAAGAAAAUGCAACGCGAAGAGUUGAAAGUGAUUGGGAAAAAAGAGGCACUGAAACGCGGUAAAAUUAUAGUCGAGAAAUGAUGUUAAAUUAUUCAAAACUGUUUAAAUAAAUGUUGAUAAUCUUAUAUAAGAUAUAUCUGUGCUGCGUAUA